GAAUUUUAUAAUGAGAAUAGGACCUAUAAAGAUCAAACUUAAACCAUUACUUGUUUUUACUCCAUUAUUUUGUGCACCCUUAGUCUUAUACAAUUGGUAUGAAUAUCGAAAGUUGAAUCUUGAGUUUAAGUUGAAAGAAGAUGAAAUAGUUCUCUAAGCACAACUUAAAGCUAAUAAAAUAUCAGAGAAAUCAUUUCCUACUAUAUAUUUUGAUCCAUACAAUCAGUAUUAUAUGGAAAUGGAAAAUUUAGAAGGUUAAAUAAAAAUAUUUGUUUUUUCUGAUUAAUCAACAUAUAGAAGGUAUUUUUACAUUCAUUUUUAGAAUUUAUUCUGUUUUGAAACAAAAUCUUAAUAGAUUUCAGAUAAAUUACUAUAAUGUUAUAGCAUAAAAACAAUUUGAUACAAGUUUAGUACCAAGUAAUUAAAAAUCUCAAAUGCUUACGAUUGAAAAUGAAAUCGAAAAUUAAUUGAUAGUUACAUACAAUAAUGAGAUUAUAUUUUCAGAUAAGUUGAUGGAAAGAUAUGAUAAAUAGUUGUAGAUAAUUGAAAGAUAAAUUGCAAAGAUGAUUGAGAAGGAAUUUUUGAGUAAAAUAAAAUUUUGA